CGGAGGGACUAUCGUCAGCGUUGUACACCAGUCUGGCUUAUGACAGUGGGUAAAAGCCAGUAGGAUAUCUUUCACUAUACACAACCAGAAAUGUCAACAUCUAUGAUGAUGAAACUGAACUUUAACGUGGAACGAGUCCAUCUUGUGGUGAGUAACGUUAGGCCGAGAACACAUGUUUGCUAUCUCGUACUUCUGUGCUGUUGAAUGAAGCACAAAGUGUCUGCGGUAACGUUAACUAGCUAGUAGCUAACGUUAGCCUUGCCAGAUGAUCAGCUUGCUGACCGACAGCUGACUAAACCGAAUGAGAGCUUGAUCUUUCGAAUAGCUAUUAUAUGAAUUAAAUGGCAAAUUAGCUAGCUACAUAAUGAUGGCUGGAACUCUUUUACCCUGUUUUCAGUGAUGUAACUAACCUUUGCUCCAGCUUGUACAAAAGCUAACAAUUUUAAACAAUCAGUACUCAGCCAAGGUACCACUUGGCGCCUCAUUAUGGAGAGAGCCUUUCAUGUUUACAACUCCUCUUUACCUCCCUACAUGAGUUCUGUUUUACAGUCAACAAGAAGUUCAUUACACAUCACAGGGUUAGGCAAGAUCACAUUUGCAGCAAAGCUGGGUUAUGACUUUUAUGUGUGGAAACAUGAAAUAGUCCAAAGACUUUUAAUAUGAAGGUCCUUAUGAGGUUAUUAACUCUGAACACAAGACCUAGCCCACCUGUGUGUGUAUCUGUGAGUGAGACACACAACACUGUGGCUAGCUAGCUAUGUGGUGUGCUUCUGUGAACAAAGCAAACCAGGACAUAGCUAGGAAGACAUUGAUCUAUUCAGCCUUUUCUGCAGCAACACAAUCCAUCUGGGAUGUUUAUUUGUGUCACAUGUAUUUUAAGCCUUGUCUUUAAUCUAUAAAUAUCAGACCACACACACUCCACUGACUUACUCAACCAUGCUCAAUUAGUGCGCUGUCAUUAUGUGUUUCCCAAAUGCCACCCUAUUCCCAUUGUAGUGCACUACCAAUGGGCCCUGGUCAAAAGUAGUGCAGUAUAUAGGGAAUAGGGUGCCAUUUGCGAUGCAGCCAUUGACUGGCAGGGAGCUCUGUCAGACAGACACCAAGCAGUCAAUACAGUUCCAGGCUGUAGGAAAGCAUUUUUAUUGUUCAAGGGACCAUUCUCACUUAGACCCCCCAUACAUUUUACUCAGCCACACAACUAUCAAUUAUAAAUGACAUCUGGCUUCAUCAACAAUUGAUGUGCCUCUUGGUUGCAAUUUGCAAAAAGUUGGCCUCAUUCAGGGGACAGUACUGUAUUCACUAACAUUAUCAAUGUACAGUAUGCUGCUUCCUUAUGAUCAGCAAGCAAAAGGUGGGUUGAUAAGUCAGUUUUAUUUUCUGUAUCCUCUGUAUUUUUUACAGGGUGCUGGAUCCUAGAGAGAGAGCGUACUGGCCUGUCUGUUUUCACCAGCUCCUCCUAUGCUGCCCUGCCAGUUUACCAGGCUGUGAGAGUGAGAGUUCAGUAGGAGAGGUGGGUGAGGAGGGUUGGGGUAUCUGACAACCAGAGGGAAGACACAGACAGCCCAGCCAGAUGUCCUCGCCCUUCGUGCCAGUACCUGUCCCCAUCAGAGAUAGGACCCUGCCAGGGGCCAACGGAAAGCCCAGGCGCGGGCCUCAGAGGACCUCAUCUUUGAACAGUGUCUCCAGCAGCUCUGAGUCCUCCUCCACUAGAGGCCCCAGGGAUGAGACCCUGGGCCCUGGCCGUGACCCUGGGAGGAGAGUGAAUCGAGUCGGAGGGACUCGGUCCCAGAGCUCAGAGAGAGGCUGCUGCUUCACUUCUCCACCCUCCCUGCUGCAGUGUCAGAGCCCAGUGACCCGGGCCAGGCUGAACGGGCUUGGGAUGGACCCCACGGUGGAGUACUCCAGCUCCUCCUGGACAAACAUGGACCAGGAAUCGCCACCAGGACCUCCAGGGUCCAUCACAGGGUCCUCAGACUGGGAGGAGAGGCCCAUCACCCCCACCGUGCUGGGCUACGAGGUCAUGGAGGAGCGGGCCAAGUUAACGGUGAGAGAGAGGGAGGCAAUUCUUAGCUUGGUCCAAGAUCUGUUUGUGUUGUCUUGCCUAUGGCUAUUGUCAUGCAAGGAGUUGGCUUUACAGCACAGAUCUGGGACCAGGCUAUGCAAUUUAAACAUGCCAUGAAGACAGUGACCAGCAGGAAGCCUAGCUAUAUGCCAAACUCAACUAGUCAACAAACAUUUCUUCCUUAUUUUAACCACUUUUUCCCUAGUUGCAAGUCAUUUGAAAUAUCCUUCCUUUCCAUUUUGAUGACUGGGCCUGUUGUGAAUGUUGUUGCUGUCAUUAAUAUCAUUACUGGAUAUUUUAAAGGGAUACUUCGAGAUUUUGGCAUGCUAGCAGAUACCUAUAGACUUCCAGUCAUUGUGCUAAUGCUAGUUAGCAUUGGCUCACAAAACUAGCUCUAACUUCCUUCAUGCUGGACACAGAGACAUAAAAAUGGUAUCCACGAGUUCAUCUGACUCCGGGGAAGUAUUGCCAAAAUUGCCAAAAUCCCAAAGUAUCCCUACAAGCUCUGAGCUAAGCAUGGAGUGGCAGAAAUGACCAGUUGGCUUUAGUUAGGCUACAUUAAUAUUCAUUUAUCAUGGUCUGUCAAGGUUAGUCUGUUUGUUUCCUGACUGACGUGUCCCCAACUCCAGCUCAUUAUGGUCAAUGCCUGUCGUCGUCCCCCCCCCCCCCCCCCCCAGGCUAUUUCUUAUUUCCUGUGUGUUUAGAGUUUAUCCCAGGUGGCUAAGGUCUGGUCAACAGUCACAAACCAAAUUCUGCUAUAGAUCACUGUGGAUAGUCUGUAGUUUCUGUGACUGUGGAUAGUCUGUAGUCUGCGCAUAGUCACUCUGUUGUCAGUGGAUAGUCUGUAGUCUGUGGAUUGUCUGUAGUCUGCCUUCUCCCCCUAUGUUUGUUCCCGUAGAUGGGAUUAGAAGCCCUGUACUGUUCCUGCUGUCUGGACAGAUAUUUAGGAGUGUUAGGGAGAUGGAGGUGCCAUUGGAUCAAGAACAGAUUAUUAACGCCAGCCGCCUGCCAAAAGUGGCAAUAUCAUGCCAGGGCAUGGCCGGAGGUGAGGAGAGGUGUGUGAACUGCUGGAUGUUAUUAGGAGCGACUGAGGGAUGUGUUGGGAAAUAAUUUCAGAGGCAGGAUGAUGGCUCUGACUAGAGAGUGGGAAUGUUGGGCCCAAUGUGAACUCGUGUGAAAUCAUGCUGAUCUGAUCAUGAUCUCAGUACUGCAGCCCUGCCAUCAAUAACCAUUUGUUAACCCCCUGCAUCCCUCUCAUCCAGUACAGAUGGAUGAUGAUACAGCGGGAUAAGGAUUUGACUCAAAGCAGCUGAGUGGUUGCACAUUCUUCUUCUCUCUCAUUUAUAGUUUGCUACAUUUGGGCGACUAUAUUAUUGAAGGCCUAACACUUUUGUUUAAAGUGUUCGCUGCGCAUGGCUUCAAGUUGUAUAUUCAUCAUCUAGCCUAGUUGCAGAUUGGUACUGCAGUGGAAAGUACUGCCCCUUCCACUCAGAAACAGCCGUUGUAAUUUCACUCUCCAGCAGCACUUUAAUUAAGGGGAAUCAGAAUCUGCUGCUGAAGACGACAGACACUCACUGAUUUAAAGGUCAAGUCCAGUAAUUAAGACUCCUAAAAUGGCUUCUGCAUUCCCACUGCUUUCUCUGAAGGCUAUCUAAAAUAGAAUGCAUCAUUUGCAACAAGUACACAAUGUCUCAUAUCCUUUCAGUCUUGAUUUGAUCUUACUUAGGGUAACUCCAAAAUGGUAUCCUAUUCCCUAUAUAGUGCAAUACUUUUGACCAGAGCCCUGGUCAAAAGUAGUGCACUAUAGUGAAUAGGGUGCCAAUUGGGCCGCAACCUCAGUUUGUGGACAUAAUGCACACAUGAUGAUGCCAGGUUUCUAUUAGAUUUACAGCCUAUUAGUCUCCCUUUUGCACUGUGGCCCUGUUGCCAGUUAGGUACUGUUCUCUCCUGGCUUCCAAAUUCCUGCUAACCCUGUUUGAUAUUAGUGCCAGUGUGUUCCUGUGAGCCUUGGCUGGAUCACCUUCUCGGUCGCUCUGCAUCAGUCUAUCCUCUCACUCAGACACACCGCUCUAAACAAACCCCAGGAGUUGGACUUAGAAAUGUUUAUCAGGCUUAGAAUAGCUUUUGGCAUCAAAGGUGUUCCAUAAAACCCCAAAUCAGUGAGGUGUGUCCCAAAUGGCACAUGAAGUCCCUAUUUAGUGCAAUAAUUUUGACCAGGGCCAAAGUAGUGCACUAUAUAGGGAAUAUGGUGCCAUUUGUGACGCAGGUAGUGUGUUCUGAAAGCCUGUGGUUUGAAAUGACUGAACGGGUCAGAGAUAGAUGAGGUGAAGAAAUGAUAAACGUCUGACUUUCUUAAAAAUACAUUGGUUAUGAAAGGGAGAAAGUAGGCUAUUCUAAAAAACAAGCUCACAUCCAUAUUGUUUUUGUCUCUUGUUAUUACUAAGCUUCUACUAUACGUCUUUACUAAUAUUGAGAAAAUAAUUAUCUGUUAGAUUCAGUCUCAGGUGCACUGUGCUGCUGUGGUUUAAAAGGAAACAAGUUAAUCUAUGACUGUAAUUGAAUAUAAGAUAACUGCCAUCAUAAGGUCAAAGGUGAGCUGUUAAUGUGUGUGUGGUCUCCUCCUGCUGCAGGUGUAUAAGGUCCUGGUGAGGAAGACUCAGAAGGAGAGUUGGGUGGUUUUCAGAAGAUACACUGACUUCUCCAGACUCAACGACAAGGUAUGUCCUCACUCCUGUCUUUGGACUGUCCUGGGCCUCAUAGGAGAAAGGGUUUGUCUGAUGAAUGCACCAAAGUCAGAUUAGGAUAUAGGCCAAGGACUAGAUAAAGUGUAUUUUUACCUGGAGUUUUUCCUUUAUUGUAGGCUACUACUUUUACCACUUUUAGUCUUGAAAUCUUUGGUUGUUUACUACACUACUUACUCUGUUUAGCACAUGGCCUCACAUGGGAAUCCUUAAAGAGAUGGGUGGGGCCAAGGCUUAAGAGGGUGUGAACGGUGCUGAAUGGGUGUAGACAAAGAGCUCUCCAGUAGGUGUACCAAAACAUUCACGGGUCAUUUUCUCAAAAGUGGGGUUACAAGUUUAUCAGCUUUCAAAGCAGAUUUACUUUACCAUUGUUCCUCAACUGCAGUGUAUGAUAUACCGUUUUCUAGCUCUGAGUAUCUACCUUUAUCCAAUGUAAAAAAAUACUAUUUCAAAUGUUGUUACAUGCAUUCACCUGUAUUGUGAAUAGGCCUAGGCUACAUCUUCAUUUGCCCAGUUUAUCAAUAGAGAUUUACCAUUCAAAUAAAUUAUUAGCAUUAUGUUAUGGAGCUAGAUUGGUCAAAAAUCAAAUUCAAAUUGAUUGUAUGAUUGUUUAUUUAAUUAAUGCAUACAUAAAAAUUCAAAAAUUUCAAAUGUAAUGAUCUUUAGAUCUGUCUGGAUCAAGUUCCAUUCUGUGACUUUGGCCAAUAUGCCUUUAUUUGUGGUAUUGUUUUGGUAUCGCGUAUCGUAAUGGUAUGGACUAUGGUGAUAAUAAACCUGGUAUCGCGUAUCGUAAUGGUAUGGACUAUGGUGAUACUAAACCUGGUAUCGCUAUCGUAAUGGUAUGGACUAUGGUGAUACUAAACCUGGUAUCGCUAUCGUAAUGGUAUGGACUAUGGUGAUACUAAACCUGGUAUCGCUAUCGUAAUGGUAUGGACUAUGGUGAUACUAAACCUGGUAUCGCUAUCGUAAUGGUAUGGACUAUGGUGAUACUAAACCUGGUAUCGCUAUCGUAAUGGUAUGGACUAUGGUGAUACUAAACCUGGAAUCUCUAUCGUAAUGGUAUGGACUAUGGUGAUACUAAACCUGGUAUCGCUAUCGUAAUGGUAUGGACUAUGGUGAUACUAAACCUGGUAUCGCUAUCGUAAUGGUAUGGACUAUGGUGAUACUAAACCUGGUAUCGCUAUCGAAGUAAGAAUGUUGGUAUUGUGACAACACUACAUCCAGAGCUGCCAACUCGUUGAAGUAGAAAUUGUCAUCCAAAUUAAGUUUAGUGAUCACUGUUCUAAUGUCCAGAAGGUGUUUUCGAUCAUAAGAAAUGAUGUCCGAGACAUUAUCUACAAAAGUUUAUUUUAUUUUUAUAGCAGAAUUGGUCAGGAGCUGCUAACCACUGCAGUGCCAGUGCAGUGCUGUGGGAGAGACAGUGUGUAAUAAUCAGUACUGUGGGAGAGACAGUGUGUAAUAAUCAGUACUGUGGGAGAGACAGUGUGUAAUAAUCAGUACUGUGGGAGAGACAGUGUGUAAUAAUCAGUACUGUGGGAGAGACAGUGUGUAAUAAUCAGUACUGUGGGAGAGACAGUGUGUAAUAAUCAGUACUGUGGGAGAGACAGUGUGUAAUAGUCAGUACUGUGGGAGAGACAGUGUGUAAUAAUCAGUGCUGUGGGAGCAGCCCUUUCGUGUUGGAGAGCAAUACAGAAAUUAAGUGAAUCCCCUCUGCCCCCCCCCACCCCCCCAGUACACAAAGAGCCAGUGUCCCAACAACAACAACAACAACAACAACAGCAGUAGCUUGGCCUAGCCAGCCACAGGAAGCCACCUCCUAGCGGGACAGGUCAGAGACAGACAAGGGGAGAAAGACCAUGUGAAUUAGGCUAACAACCAUGAAAGUCUUAUAGCUGAAGUGCUUUAUGUGACAGCCAUAUCAUCAACUAUUUUCUUAAAUCUAGGCUAUCCUCUUCUGUUUAUCACAUUGUGAAGAGGCCCCAUGUAGCUCAGUUGGUAGAGAAUGGCGCUUGCAACGCCAGUGUUGUGGCUUCGAUUCCCAUGGGGGGGCAGUAUGAAAAUGUAUGCACUCACUACUGUAAGUCGCUCUGGAUAAGAGUGUCUGCUAAAUGACUAAAAUGUAAAAAUGUAAAUGAAGAAGUUGGCAUGAUAGUCCUAUCAAGGAAACACACUGCCAACAAUGCCAUUUAGAUAGGCUACUACGUUUUUCUGUUAGAAAUAGUUCUAGUAAUAACACACAAAGGCUACAGAAGGCUAAAUGCCGACUAUACGCCUACAAAUCAGGUUUUGCAACUGGACUGUAGCUUGGGGUGUGAUAGGAAAGGCAACACCCUCCAUCAGAUACACAGAGGCUGUGGACAGGCUGCACAGCCAUUCCUGUGGUCUCUCUCUCUCUUUCACUCGUUAGAGGAGAGAACUAACUGAUCUGGACUCAUAUUCACAAAGACUCAAAGUAAGAGUGCUGAUCUAGGAUCAGGCUUAUUUAUGAUUUAAAAUAUAUGUACAGUGGGGGAAAAAAGUAUUUAGUCAGCCACCAAUUGUGCAAGUUCUUCCACUUAAAAAGAUGAGAGAGGCCUGUAAUUUUCAUCAUAGGUACAUGUCAACUAUGACAGACAAAUUGAGGAAAAAAAUCCAGAAAAUCACAUUGUAGGAUUUUUAAUGAAUUUAUUUGCAAAUUAUGGUGGAAAAUAAGUAUUUGGUCAAUAACAAAAGUUUCUCAAUACUUUGUUAUAUACCCUUUGUUGGCAAUGACACAGGUCAAACGUUUUCUGUAAGUCUUCACAAGGUUUUCACACACUGUUGCUGGUAUUUUGGCCCAUUCCUCCAUGCAGAUCUCCUCUAGAGCAGUGAUGUUUUGGGGCUGUCGCUGGGCAACACAGACUUUCAACUCCCUCCAAAGAUUUUCUAUGGGGUUGAGAUCUGGAGACUGGCUAGGCCACUCCAGGACCUUGAAAUGCUUCUUACGAAGCCACUCCUUCGUUGCCCGGGCGGUGUGUUUGGGAUCAUUGUCAUGCUGAAUAAUUAUGUUAUUGUUUGAAGAGUUCUGCAGCAGAGUUGACAUGGAUGUGUUUUUGAAAGAUCAACAACACAUGCCCCUCCCCUGUUGAGCAAACAGGCAUUGUUUGGUUUUCCUGGUCAUAACAAACCAUGUGAUGUUACAUUUGUUCAGGGUGUGAUGGUGGUGUUAUUGCGAUAAUUGGCCCAUGUUUCUUUCUCUCUUUUCCGUGUGUGUGUUUGUACGUGUGUGUGUUUGUACAGUGUGUACUGUGUGUGUUUUUAAGAUAGUGUGUGUAUCAGUGUUGCUUUUCCCCUGCCCAACCUGUCUCUGUCUGUGAGUUUCAGUUGAAGGAGAUGUUCCCAGGGUUCAGACUGUCUCUGCCUCCAAAGCGCUGGUUCAAAGACAACUACAACUCUGACUUCCUAGAGGACAGACAGCUGGGCCUGCAGGCCUUCCUGCAGAACCUGGUGGCACACAAAGACAUCGCCAACUGGUGCGUGUGUGUGUGACUGCGUGUGUGUGACUGCGUGUGUGUGACUGCGUGUGUGUGUGUGUUUGACUGCGUGUGUGUGUGUGUGACUGCGUGUGUGUGUGUGUGAACAGAGAUGCUUUGAAACACAGAAGAAAUCAAAAUGUAUUCAAGGUGCCUCAUCAUGCAGUGCACACCUCAACAUUGCUUUGAGGUUACACACACACCCACACCCACACACACACACAGCCUUGAGGUUACUGAUGGACUUGCUGGUUGCCCAUGACCUGAGACACAGACUUAGCACCUGGCCAACAACAAUGAAGGUCUAUGGAAACAGCUGAAUGUAUCCACACACACUUUUAUCAGGCUAUAUUAGAGUUAUGUAGUCAAGGUUAAAAGCAUACAUUACACAGUAACUGUAUUUAGCGUUGUAAUACAAACCUUUUAUGAUAUCCUCUCUAGUUUCCUUGGCGGCAAUGCUGCUGACAUGGACAGCAAAACCUAUACCCAAUCCAUCAUAGAUACACUGUCUUUUGGGGGAGUGUGUGUGUGUGAGUACCCUGAGGUUGUUUGUUUGGUAGGGAAAGAUAAGUUCCUGUUGGUUUUUAAAACUCUUCCUCCUUCCUUGUGUCUUUUUAACAGCAUAGCGGUGAGGGAGUUCCUGUGUUUAGAUGAUCCUCCAGGUCCUUUUGACAGUCUGGAGGAGAGCCGGGUAAGAAUGAUCUUCUGUUACCAGCAUGCAACUUUAAGUAGACUUUCACCAAAGCCUAUUGAGAAGUCACAUAGACCCAAACGAGACCAGCUCAAUCCAGUUUCUGCAGUGUCGUUUGUUUGUGUGACCCAUAAUCCUGGGAGUAAUUUGGGACAGGCUUUGUUGUUCUCUAUCUGGAAUGAGCCUCCGAUGCCAGCACCACAUCUAAUUAGCAUAUCCACUCAUUAGCAUAACUGUCAUUAGAAUAGAUUUUACAGUUUUGGUUAGUGGUGGAUUUGGAUUUGGCUUCCUCUCCUCAUACACAUUUUUGUUCUGAAUGAAAUAUUACCACUACCUUUUUUAAAACCAUGUAUAUCUUUAUUUCCCAUAGACAAUUCAACACAAUCACAAUCGCUUUUUUGUCUUUUAAUAAUUUUAAGCAUUUAAACACUUAACAAACACUUAGGCCAUGCCCUGUUGUUACCUCAUAUCCCAGUGAUAAUGCCUUGAAUUACGCCUGGGAAGAAAACACUUCAAUUUGCUCAACUUGCCAUAGGCUCAACCAUUGGCCAUUGGCCCAACUUACCCCAAGGCAAACAUGUAAACUAUAUUAGACACACAGCUACAGGGAUACACUACAUCUGCAUUGCUUGCUGUUUGGGGUUUUAAGCUGUAUUUCUGUAUAGCACUAGGGCUUUAUAAAUACAUUUGAUUGAUUGAUUGAUAGGUUAACUACCUCAUAUUGAAGCUUAUAGAGACCCCAACUGAUGUAUAGAACAAUCUUAAAAUGAUCUACUUAGAUUCAUUAUUCAUUAUUUAUUUAUUUAACCAGGUAAGCCAGUUGAGAACAAGUUCUCAUUUACAACUGCGACCUGGCCAAGAUAAAGCAAAGCAGUGCGAUUAAAAACAACAACAACACAGAGUUACAUAUGGAAUAAACAAAACGUACAGUCAAUAACACAAUAGAAAAUCUAUAUACAGUGUAUGCAAAUGUAGUAAGUUAUGGAGGUAAGGCAAUAAAUAGGCCAUAGUGCAAAAUAAUUACAAUUUAGUAUUAACACUGGAGUGAUAGAUGUGCAGAAGAUGAUGUGCAAAUAGAGAUACUUGGGUGCAAAUGAGCAAAAUAAAUAACAAUAUGGUGAUGAGGUAGUUGGGUGGGCUAAUUACAGAUGGGCUGUGUACAGGUGCAGUGAUCGGUAAGCUGCUCUGACAACUGAUGCUUAAAGAUAGUGAGGGAGAUAAGUGUCUCCAGCUUUAGAGAUUUUUGCAGUUCGUUCCAGUCAUUUGCAGCAGAGAACUGGAACUUGAAACUUCUAACACAAUAGAUUAAUUUGACUUGGUGGAAAUCUGUUUUUUGGACCUAACUUGCUUUUUCUAUGUGGUUUUGUCCUGUACAGACUCCAUGAAAUGAUGACCUCUUCCUAAUUAUUUGGUGAAAUUAUACAUUUUGUGUAUGGUUUCCUAGAAAUAAGGGCGGCUCAAUUUACCCCUUUGGUUUUUUUUGCAAUGUCGGUUGUUGGAGCCCCGUGUAGCUCAGUUGGUAGAGCAUGGCGCUUGCAACACCAGGGUUGUGGGUUCGAUUCCCACGGGGGGCCAGUAUGGGGGGGAUUUUUUUUUGCACUCACUGGAUAAGAGCGUCUGCUAAAUGGCUAAAAUGUAAAUGUUUUUGUCCUGUCACAUUUUCAUCACUCAGUGUCUCCCUCUCGCUCUCCCCCUUUCUCUCUUUCUUCCCCCCCCCCCCCUCCCCCCAGGCGUUCUGUGAGACUCUGGAGGAGAGUAACUAUCGUCUGCAGAAAGAGCUGGUUGAGAAGCAGAGAGAGAUCAGCUCCCUCAAGAAGAGACUGGAGGAGAAGGACCAUCACAUCCACCUGCUGGAGAAACGCAUCAAGUACUGAACAACACACACAGGUUUACUGCAAGUGUGUUACAUGGCUUAUGUUUCUAGGGUGUGGAACUGAUUUUUGUGUGUGUGCAUGUUUAAGCAGGGAGUCUCUGACCCCAGAGAGCCAGAGUGGGCUGUCAGCUCAGGGCAGUGAUAGCAGCGUAGACGCAGACGGAGACGUGGAGUCAUCAACCGCCGAGGCAGACCAGGAAAUGAUGUCAGAAGAGAAUGGGUAAGACACACAUACACACACAUAUAUAAUCAAGGUUUCACUAUAUCCCGUAAGUUAACAUUGCCUCGAUUAAUUAUUCAAGACACUAUUCACAACCAUGGGCUGAUGGGGUUCCGCGCUUUUCUAACUCAUAGCUGAUUUUUCACUGCACUACACGCGCACUCUCAUCCAGAAGCCCUUUUGUAUAAUGCUCAAACUCCCUUCAUUCAGUUAGCUGUCUUUUCAAAUGAUCAACCCCUCUUCCUGAAGACCAGCUGGCAUCAUGCCACCUGUUAUAGCAGUGGCCAUCACAAUCAAUCUCCUCAAAGUGAACUGUGCUUGUGACUUGAACUUCAACUGCCGUUAGCUGAUUUUUGCUUGAGUGUCUCUUUAAAGCGGCAUACUACUGUUCUCCCCUCCCCCAGAGCAUUAACUUUCAAAAACAGAAAUGACCUUAAAAGCCUUUGUGAAAACAGCAACCCACACCCUCCGAAAUUAAUUUUCCUAAUGCUAGUGAAGUAGUGAAGGUAGCUAGCUGGGAAUGCAGUGUAGAAUACCAAAUAACUAUCAUCUGUCAUAUCAAGCCAUGCAGUGUGUUUUCUCUAUAGUCUUCCAAUGAAAAAUGCCAAAGCCUUGAGGAUUGCAGAACCGACAGAGCUGUGUUUAGUGGUUGGGAAAGAAAAGACUGCAUCAAUCAGAUUGAAUAGGAGAUAUACAAAUGUAAGCAAGGUUUGAAAUGAUUAUGUUUUAGUUAAAAAUUGUAUCUGUCUGGGCUUCUUGCGGUCAAUUUGCAGUCUACAAAUUAUUAGUAAUUAUGUUCUGGCCCCCUGACCAUCUGCUCAAUAAAAAAUUGUCCCGCAGCUGAAUCUACACUGAAGCAAUAUAUAAACACAACAUGUAAAGUGUUGGUCCCAUGUUUCAUGAGCUGAAAUAAAUGAUCCCAGAAAUGUUCCAUACGCACAAAAAGCUUAGGUCUCAAAUUGUGUGCACAAAUUUGUUUAAUAUGCCAUUUAGCAGACGCUUUUAUCCAAAGCGACUUACAGUCAUGUGUGCAUACAUUUUUACGUAUGGGUGGUCCCGGGGAUCGAACACACUACCCUGGCGUUACAAGCGCCAUGCUCUACCAAUUGAGCUACAGAGGACCACAUUGAGCUACAGAGGACCACAUCCCUGUUAGUGAGCAUUUCUCCUUUUGCCAAGAUAAUCCAUCCACCUGACAGGUGUGGCAUAUCAAGAAGCUGAUUUAACAGCAUGAUCAUUACACAGGUGCACCUUGUGCUGGGGACAACAAGAAGCCACUCUAAAAUGUGCAGUUUUGUCACACAACACAAUGCCACAGAUGUCUCAAGUUUUGAGAGAAAGUGUAAUUGGCAAGCUGACUGCAGGAAUGUCCACAAGAGCUGUUGCCAGAAUUGUAUGUUAAUUUCUCUACCAAAAGCCGCCUCCAACGUUGUUUUAGGGAAUUUGGCAUUACAUCCAACCGGCCUCACAACCACAGACCACGUGUAUGGCGUCGUGUGGCGAGAAGUUUGCUGAUGUCGACCUUGUGAGCACAGUGCCCCAUGGUGGCGAUGGGGUUAUGGUAUGGGCAGGCAUAAGGUACAGACAACGAACAUAAUUGCAAUUUUAUCGAUGGCAAUUUGAAUGCACAGAGAUACCAUGACGAGAUCCUGAGACCCAUUGUUGUGCCAUUCGUCCACCGCCAUCACCUCAUGUUUCAGCAUGAUAAUGCACGGCCCCAUGUCCCAAGGAUCUGUACACAAUUCCUGGAAGCUGAAAAUAUCCCAGUUCCUCCAUGGCCUACAUACUCACCAGACAUGUCACCCAUUGAGCAUGUUUGGGAUGCUCUGGAUCGACGUGUACAACAGCAUGUUCCAGUUGUUGCCAAUAUCCACACCGCAAUUGAAGAAGAGUGGGACAACCUUCCACAAUCAACAGCCUGAUGAACUCUAUGCGAAGGAGAUGUGUCGCGCUGCAUGAUGGUGGUCACACCAGAUACUGACUGGUUUUCUGAUCCACGCCAUACCUUCUUUUUAAGGUAUCUGUGACCAACAGAUGCAUAUCUGUAUUCCAAGUCAUGUGAAAUCCAUAGAUUAGGGCCUAAUUAAUGUAUUUAAAUUGACUGAUUUCUUUAUAUGAACUGUAACUCAGUAAAAUCUUUGAAAUUGUUGCAUUUAUAUUUUUGUUCAGUAUAGUUGAUGAUCCCUGGUCUAAAGGGCUGUGUGUAGGGUUCAUUGCAGAGCCAGACAAUGUGGACAUACAGUAGAUUGGAUUGGUGGCAACAGCAGGGUUGGUUCUGUCUUACUUUGUUGAAUGACGUUGACCUUGACCAUAUCCUUCCUUUGUGUUUUUCCCUCCAUGUUACGCAGCUGUGCAGCCCCUAUCUGAGAUAGAGUGCACUAGUUGGAGGUUCUGAAUACAUCACACCAUAUGGGUAUCAUGUAUGCUGUUCUUCCCUGCCACACCCACUAUGUACCCUGGUCCUUCCACAUGUUGUUCCAUGUCUUCUACCUGUUUCCUAGUCCACCCCUGUGUUGCUGUGUAGUUAGGGCCUGUGUUGAUCUCUUAGUGUUGAAGUUUCCCUUCACUCUCUGGUGUCCUGUUGUUAAGUGUGAUAAUGGUGUCUAGUACCAUUGUCCAUAUCUUCUGACUGACCUGUGGGUCUUUACUCCAGACUAUUUACUUAUAGUUCCUUUCACAUGUGCAGUGAUGGUCUCGGUACUUCUUCUGGUGUGUCUCGAUGUGUUACCACUGUCUUUUAUAAGUGAGAUUUGUUUGUUGAAAUGUUCAUCCCCUCUUCAAUUGACCUACACUGGUCCAUCUAUUCUACUUACAUUUUCUAUAUUCAAUUCUCCCCUCUAUCUCUCCAGGAAGUGUGAGGCCCACCAGUCUCUCCGUCUCUCAGGGUGUUGGUGUGGACCUGCCACUGGCAGCUCUCCGCCCGUCAUCGAGGUGACCCAGGUGUGUGAUGCUCGGCUGGAGCACUGAGCCACCGGGGACAACCCUGCUCUCCUCUCUCUUCC